AGCGUGGGGAGUGGAUGUGCGCUGCUCUCGUGUGUCCUCGCUCAGUGGUAUUUACUCGCCCAAAAAUCCUCUUCUUGGUUUAAUUGUGAUAGGUGUUUCAGUGAAGCUAAGCGGUCUGUGUCAGUGGCUGUUUGUGUCAUCUUGAUUGAUAAGACCGGUGUUGGAACAAGUUUUUCUGUCCAGAAAUUUUCUAUGGCGUUCGAACUUUAAAGAACAUCCAGUGGAGAGAAUUCUCUUAAUUUUUGUUUAGCAUCUUGCAUCCAUGAGACUUGUCUUCAGGUUUAACAAUGGAUUAUGAGAUGAGGUGUGGUGGUGGGCAGUGUUGAUGGGCGGGCGUGGGCGGGAGCAGCGCCCCCCGCGGCACCAUGUGUGAGUGUGGCUCCACGGAGCACACCCCCGGCCCGGCCCGCAGGCCCGCGCGGGCGGACCAGCACACGGGCCACUCCGCGGGCCACCCACAACCCAGCAGAGCAGGGAUGGACACCUCUUGUGGCCAGGGAGUGGUGGUGAGUGUUCUAGUCUUACUGGUGGUGUGUGUUGAGUGUGGCGUGGCGGGACACCGGACUCACCGGGCCGCCACUGACGUCGACCACCACACUAGCAGUAUAGUGGCACAGUUCUGGACAGCCAACCAGAGUUUGCAACUACAGCACAUGGUGUACAACAGAGACGCGGGAGUGCUCUAUGUAGGGGGAACGAACAGACUGUGGGCCCUUGAAACCGGCACCCUUAAUCUGGAGGCGCGGGUGGAGACGGGGCCAAGGUUUGACUCUCCCUGGUGCCACGCCUCUGGCUGUGACUUAGACAAUCGCAUGAAGAGAGUCCUUACUGACAACGUCAAUAAAGUGCUCGUACUUGACCCCGACGCCUCCACGCUCAUUAUGUGUGGUUCUGUGUCUCAAGGAGCUUGUGAAAAGUUCCGUACUGCUAACCUAUCCCUCACACCAGAGUUCCUACCCCGCUCCGUGGCUGCCAACGACCCUGAAUCCUCAACUUUUGCCUUCGUGGGCCCCGAGCAUUACAACCAAUGGGGCGGAUCAUCCGCUCUCUAUGUAGGGACCACCUUCACUACUGUUGGAGACUAUCGCCAUGACGUCCCCGCUGUCUCCACCAGGAACCUCUAUGACUUGGACUAUGCUGAGUUCUCAUUUUCAAAACAGUCUCUUCUUCGUAUCGACGUGAAAUAUCGUGACCACUUCCUAGUGCAGUACGUGUACGGCUUCAACGCCAGUGAUUACGCCUAUUUCGUGACGGUUCAGAAGAGGUCUCAUCUGCCGGGGCAGGAGGAGUCUGGAUACAUUUCUCGUCUGGCCCGUACCUGCAUCACUGACGCUAACUACGACUCCUAUACUGAGAUUACACUAGACUGCCAAGGCAGCGAUGGCACCAGCUACAACCUAGUGCAGGAUGCUAAGUUGGUCAGCUCCGGCAGUGAUCUCGCCAUCAACAUGGGCAUAGGCGUUGGAGAGCCUAUCUUGAUAGCCGUCUUCGCCCCUUCCCAGGGGCACACUGCCAGCCCCAAGAAGGCCUCGGCCGUUUGCGUCUAUUCGGUGCAUGACAUCGAAGCUAAGUUCAAUGAAAACAUCCAUAUGUGCUUCAACGGGUCCAUGCAGUACCGCAGUAUGGAGUACAUCUCUGGCCCCAUUCUCAACGGAAAGUGUCCUGCUGCUGGGACGAUGGGGAACAUCUACAACUUCUGCGAGGUGGGUCUCAAGAUCUCUGGUGUGUCUCCGCUACACGCCCGAGCUGCUCUCGUCUACCACAACACUAGUCUUAGUGCCGUCCAGGCCGCCACCACCGCCCACCACACCGUCCUCUUCAUGGGCACCACUACCGGCACCCUCAAGAAGGCGUUGCUGGCGGGCCCAGAGGACGCCGCAGAGUACGGGGAGGACUCCAUCGACGCUGAGAGUCGUGUCCUCCCUGAUAUGGUACUCGACAUCCCCGGAGCACACCUCUUUGUCCUCACCACGACCAGGGUGACGAAGUACCGUGUGGAAAGCUGCGCCUCCUACACAAACUGUUCUUCGUGCCUGGGGGCCCGGGACCCCUACUGCGGCUGGUGCUCCCUCGAGAAAAGGUGUACGGUGCAGUCAGCCUGCCAAAUGGCCACCUUCUCCUCCCCUCGCUGGCUCAGCUUCGGUUCCGGUCAGCAGUGUAUUGACUUCGAGAUGAUCCUUCCAGACAGGCUGCCCAUAGACCAGAUGGCUACGGUUCAGCUGACGAUCCGGACGCUGCCGGAGCUGCCAGCAGGAGCCAAGUAUCAGUGUGUGUGGGGGUCUGCACCCCCUGCCGACGCCCUGGUGACGGCCUUAGGGCUUACCUGUAUGACGCCCGCACGCCCACACCGCCCAGCCAUCCCCAUCCACCACGACCACGUGCUGGUGCCGCUUGCCGUGCGCUCUAGCGAGACCAACAAGGACUUCGUCUCCCGCAACUUUGCCUUCUACGACUGCGGCCGUCACAACACCUGCGGUAGCUGCGUGCGGAGUAACUGGGCGUGUAACUGGUGCGUCUACGAGAACACCUGCACGCACAACGCCUCCUCCUGCAGCGGCAACGUCGUGUCUGGGGAAAACGUAAGCAUCCUGCAGCUGCUAAGAGAGAACCCAGCGCAACUGGCUUCACACGGGUCUGGGUUCUGCCCGAGGUUCUGGACGGAACAGUCGCAGCUGCUGGCUGCUGACGGUGCUCGCUCAGAGCUGCAGCUGCUGGUGGAGAACCUGCCGGUGCCACGGGUGGGUCAGCUGGGCUUCCAGUGUGUGGUGAGCAUCGAGGGUGCCACCAUGCUGGUGGGUGCCAGGGUAAUGGGCGCUUCAGAGGAUAAUGAUGAAUCCCUCACCGCUACAGCUACGACCGUCAGCCAGCAGCAGCCACACCGGCGGGUGCAGCGGGUGCUGUGCGAACCCACGGUAUACCGCUACGAGUCCGCCGAAGGAGAGUAUGAGGCUCGGGUCACACUAGUGUGGAACCGCGACCAUGUUGUGGAUGCACGCCUUCUCACUCUGUACAAGUGUGGUGUGUUGGGCGCGCACCGCGGCCACCACGACUGUUCCCUGUGUGUGACGCGACACCCGCGGUACCGAUGUACCUGGUGCGGCGCUGCCUGUAGAUACGCUCCUCACUGUCCCACCGUCCCCGGCGUCGCUGCGGCGUCUGCGGCAGCAGCGGUGCCGCCACCCACCGGAAGAGACCUCCUGGACAUCGUAGCCAAUGACGCCCGCCUCAGUCAGUGUCCCACGCCAAGGAUCGAUGUGAUCCAGCCCCUGGCUGGUCCCUUGGAGGGCGGCACCCUGGUAACCAUAGAGGGCAGCAACCUGGGUCUACGGGAAGAGGACGUGCAGGAGAACGUAUUCAUUGGUGACGUGCCUUGUCACGUGCAUGACUAUCGCGUGUCAGUAAGGAUUACAUGUCGCACCAGCCCCGCGCCACUUCAGCACGGUCUGCCCGCCUCCGCUGAACUGCAGUUUCCUGUGCGGGUGACCACUCCUGCCGGCACCACACAGUCCACUGUUAAGUUCACCUAUACGAACGUGAGUGUGACAGGGGUGUGGCCGACACAUGGACCAGUGUCCGGAGGAACUGUGCUCUCCAUCAGCGGCCGCUUCCUCAACGUGGGCUCCCACGUCUCCGCCAAACUUGACGACCUUCCUUGCGUCGUUAACAAGACGCAGUCAUCUUCACACCGUCUGGUGUGCGUCACCUCGAGGGCAGCGGAGGCGUCUGGAGAUGGUAACAAGGAAAGCGAGGAGGUCCCAAGGUCUGUGAAGACUCUGGUAGUGACGGUGGAUGGAGCAAGGCGUACACUCGCAUCUCCUUUCACAUAUACACCGGAUCCUAAAGUUCUCGAACUCAAACCAUUGAAAAGUCCAUGGGGCGGCGGCCGCCUUGUUACUGUCCACGGGACUCAUCUCGAUGCUAUACAGGCACCGAGAAUUACUGUCAACCUCUUCGAGCGUGUCCUCAAUUCAUCCGCCUGCCGUGUUCUGAGUCCAGACCAGAUGGAGUGUCCUUCACCUCCAUUGGAUCGCGACGUAGUUCUUGCAAUCUUGGAAGCGCAUGACAGUGUACGGCGUCGUCGCCGAAGUCGCAACAGAAGAUCUCACAAAGCCCAGAGAUCUCCACGAAGACGGGACCAUGACGGAGACGAAGUAGCUGUCGAUGUUGGCUUCGUAAUGGACGGUGUCUCCUCAGUACUUCAUCUUCGAAAACACUUCCCGGAUGUGAGGUCCCGUCUGACGUACAUGACAAACCCUCGCUACUAUCCCUUCCCUCACGGCGUCAAACUUUACAAAGGCGACACGCUAGUCAUAGAGGGCGAGCACAUCAAUGACGCUGCAGACGAGAGCGACGUUCGUGUGACUAUUGGCGGAUCACUGUGUAAUGUUACUUCCCUAGCAGCGACACAGCUGGUGUGCACACCACCUGAAGCACAACCAGAUCCCACAGACGAGCGAGGUGUGUCUACUCCAGAGCUGCUUCCGCUGGUUGUGGUGCACGUGGGAGAGUACCUCCGUUUUCCUCUGGGGGUUCUUCGUUAUGAACGGCACCGACGGUUUCCACUCACCCCAGAGGGUAUUGCGGGAUUAGCAGGCGGAGCGCUAUUUCUGGUGCUAGCAUCGUUUGUGGUGCUAGCAGUGUACCGGCGUAAGUCCUCCCAGGCAGAGAGAGUAUACAAGCUGAUGCAGCUGCAGAUGGAUAGCCUCGAGAGUCACGUCCGAACAGAGUGUAAACAGGCGUUCGCCGAGCUGCAGACGGACAUGACAGAUCUGACGGCGGACCUGGAGUCUUCAGGGAUCCCAACCCUGGACCACCGCAGCUACGUUAUGAAGGUGUUCUUCCCCGGCGUCACAGACCAUCCCAUCCUCAACGACCCAAAGGCGCGAGCACACGGUCCCCGCACCAACUACGACGUGGCCAUGUUGCAGUUUGAACAACUGAUAGCUAAUAAGCAUUUUCUUCUCUCCUUCGUCGAUACCCUCGAGUCGCAGAAAUCCUUCAGUAUCAGAGACAAGGUGAACGUAGCGUCGCUAGUGACAGUGCUGCAGAUGGGUAGGAUGGAGUACCUGACGGAGGUGAUGCGCUGCCUGAUGCUGCGUCUUGUGUCGUCUGCAGCAGCCACCAAGCAUCCCCAGCUGAUGUUGCGCAGGACGGAGAGUGUGGUCGAGAAGAUGCUCACCAACUGGAUGGCGCUCUGCAUGUACGGCUACCUGAAGGGGGAUGCGGGCACGGCGCUGUUCCUGCUCUACAAGGCCAUCAAGCACCAGGUGGAGAAGGGCCCAGUGGAUGCCCUCACCCACGACGCCCGCUACUCCCUCUCGGAGGAGCGCCUUCUGAGGGAACAGGUGGAGUUCAGCCCCGUGACCAUCCACCUGCUUCAUGAUGACCCCCACUAUGAAAAAAUUCCCUACCAGACCACCUACAGUACGCUGACAAUGUACGCUGAGGAGUACGAGGAGAAGGUGCAGGUGAAGGUCCUAGACUGUGACACCAUCAGCCAGGUCAAGGCUAAGAUCUUGGAUGCUUUAUAUCGCAACACUCCACAGUCUCUGAGACCUUCCGUCCACGAGGUCGACCUCGAGUGGCGUCACGGGCGUGCUGGACGUGUGACGCUCAGUGACGAGGAUAGGACGACGGUGACGGGCGUGGGUGGAUGGAGAGGCAUCAACAAUCUUGCCCACUACGGGGUCAGAGACUCCGCAGUCAUGGCUCUCAUACCCCGGCAGAACGACUCAUUCUCCUCGAACUGUGAGUGUCCGUGUGUGUCUAUACUUCCAUAUGAGUGCAGGGGUCGAGUCUAGGCUCCUGGCUCUCAU